AGUCCGAUGCUUAUCACUCUCGCACUUUCGCGCUAAAACUCUCCCUCUCGGAUAUCUUUCCAAAAAAAUCCAGCCACCCUCUCAGACUUCUCUCAAAAAAACCCAGCCACCUCCGGUCCCCUCUCCCGCCAAUCUCCAGUUCCAAGGUCCAAGGCACCACCGGCCAGCUCCAACUUCCGCCGGCGCCGCCCAACGCCGGCAAAACCAGGUUCGAUUUCUACUCCUUGCUGGAAAAACAACUCAAAGUUUCAGCUUUCUACAACAAAAGAAGUUUACAAGAUGAUUUACAAGCUUCAGGGGAUGUUUUGGUGUUAACAUUGCGGAUUUUCUGCAUAGACCACCAUUUCCAGAAUUCUAUAUGCGAAUUUGUGUAAAGAAGCUAGCUGCAUUGAAUCCUCCACACUGUCAGUUACGUUUUGUCUUCUACCAUGCAGAAGCACAAACCAAGUUCCUUCUCCAACCAAUUGAGCCGGACACAUGUGUCUCAUUGAUCAAGCAAUGCAGGACCUUUCGAUCUUUGCAAUCUGUCCACACUUCCAUGCUCAAAUCACAUCUUCACCUAAACCUCUUUUUUUCAACCAACCUCAUUGCCCAAUAUUCCUCUCUAGGAUCCAUGUCUCAUGCCUACACCCUUUUCUCAACCUUCCAAUCCAAUGAUGUCUUCCUUUGGAAUGUAAUGAUCCAAGGCUUUGUUGACAAUGGCCUAUAUUACCGUUCCAUGCUUCUAUACAGCCAAAUGCGAGAACUGGGAAUUCAACCUGACAAUUUUACUUUUCCUUUUGUUCUCAAGGCGUGUGGAUGUGUUAAGGAUGUCAAAUUUGGGGUUAUAGUUCAUGGCAACGUGAUGGAAUUUGGCUAUGUAUCAGAUGUUUAUGUUGGUAAUUCACUCAUUUCCAUGUAUGGUAAGUGUGAGCAUCUUGAUACUUCUCGGCUAGUUUUUGACAAAAUGCCCCAAAAAAAUAUAGUCUCUUGGAGUUCAAUGAUUGGUGCAUAUGUGCAAAAUGGGCAUUAUGAAGAAGGAGUGUUGCUGUUCUCACAGAUGUUGGGUGGAGGAAUCAGACCAAACAGGGCUGUUAUAUUAAAUGUUAUGGCAUGUGUAAAUAGAGGAAAUGAGGCUGAUGAUAUAUGUAGAGUUGUGAUAGAUAAUGGACUUGAUUUUGAUCGAUCUGUCCAAAAUGCAGCAAUGGUAAUGUAUGCACGAUGUGGGAGAAUUGACAUUGCUCGAAGAUUCUUUGAUGGAAUCCUUGAGAAGGAUUUGGUGUCUUGGGCAUCCAUGAUUGAAGCUUAUGCUCAAGCUGAUUUGUCUCUUGAAGCCUUAAAGCUCUUUAAACAGAUGAUAUUACAAAGAAUUUUACUUGAUUCGGUGACCCUUUUGAGUGUGAUUCAUGCUUGUUCAAAUUUAGCAUUUUUCCAGCAUGCACGCUGCGUUCAUGGGAUCAUUACUCGUAGAUUUUACAAAAACCAAAUAGCACUUGAAACUUCUCUAAUCGAUCUCUAUGUAAAAUGUGGAAGUUUGGUAUAUGCUAGAAAAUAUUUUGAUAAGAUGCAGGAAAGAAAUAUAGUCUCAUGGAGUACGUUAAUUUCAGGAUAUGGAAUACAUGGCAAUGGUAGAGAAGCGCUCUACCUAUUUGAUCAGAUGAAGGCCUCAAUAAAGCCAGACCAUGUUGCAUUUUUGUCGGUCUUGUCUGCUUGCAGUCAUGGUGGAUUGAUUGUCGAAGGAUGGGAAUGCUUCAAUUCCAUGAGUAGAGAUUUUCAGGUUACACCAAGACCUGAACAUUAUGCCUGUAUGGUUGACCUCUUGGGUCGAGCUGGUCGACUAAAUGAAGCCCGUGAUUUUAUUGAGAGAAUGCCUACAAGGCCAGAUGCUGGUGUCUGGGGAGCCUUGCUUGGGGCAUGUAGAAUUCAUUUAAAUGUAGAACUAGCUGAAGUUGCUGCAAAAUAUUUAUUUGAGUUAGAUGCAGAUAACCCUGGUCGGUAUGUUCUCUUGUCCAAUAUUUACUCAUCAUCAGGCAAAAGAAAUGAUGCUGAUAGGGUUAGAGCUCUAAUGAAACGAAGAGGGGUGAGGAAAAUUGCUGGCCAUACAAUUAUAGAGAUUGAAAACAAGGUCUAUACUUUUGUGGCUGGGGAUCAGUCAAACCCCCAAACUAGUUUGAUCUAUACAGAGUUGGAGAAGAUGAUAAAUAGAAUUCGAGAAGUUGGGUACAUGCCUGAUCUGAACUUUGUAUUGCACGAUGUGGAGGAAGAGAUGAAGGAGAAGAUGUUAAAUGUGCAUAGUGAGAAGCUGGCAAUUGUUUUUGGGCUAUUAAAUACAAGACCUGAUAGUGUCAUUAGAAUAAAGAAGAAUCUUAGAGUUUGUGGGGACUGUCAUACGGCUACCAAGUUUAUCUCUAAGGUUACAGAAAGGGAAAUCAUUGUUAGAGAUGCUCAUCGAUUUCACCAUUUUAAGGAAGGAGCAUGCUCUUGUGGAGAUUAUUGGUGAUGAUAUUUCAGUCUGAUUUCUAGUGAUGGAUUUUUUUGUAAUGAAGAUGAGAAAUGCUGCUAAGAUUAGGCGAGAACUCAAACAAGCAUGACCAAUAAAUAUGUUAGGUAAUUUUGAGAAAGCUCUCAUCCCUCUUUUUGUUACAUUCUUUAGGAAGCUUACCAUUUUGAGCUCUCCUUCUUUUGAAUAAAAUACCUUAUUUUUCAAAACAGAAAAGAGAGAGCUCUCAUCUUUCCUAGGAUGCUGGCUGGUCAGGAUUCUCCAUGUUAAAGAUGUGAUGAUGUAGGUUUAACAUGACCACUUAUUAAGAGAUUUUUUUCCGUGGGCUAACUAAAAUAAAUUUUUUUAUACGUACUCCAUAAAAAGUUGCAAAUUUGUUGGUAUUAUUAUCAAUUAUUUUUUUAUCUCCGUUCAUGCCAGGAGAUGUUGGUCAUGUUGGGAUAAUGCUUGAUUGCCCUUGAGUUGAAUUAUAGAUCUUUUGUAUCUAACAACCUCAGUUUUAGAACAAUAUCUUAUACGUAUUCCUUAUGUACUACAAGUCCCCCACUCCCCCUCCUUUUAAUUAAUGUUAUAUAAUAUAUGAUUGCUCCUGUUGUUUCCCAAUAAUGUUUGGAAUUGGAAUAGUACAUGUGGGUUCUUUAGACCUCCUUUUUGAGUCAGGACAUUUAACACUUCUUACUAUGUUGUAGGAGCAAGGUAUAGACUGAAAAGAAUUAAAAAAGAAAAAAAGGAGAAGAAGCAAGGUAUAGACAAAAAUGCAAGGCACCUGUCUUUUAUCAUGGAUUUGUUCAUAAUCUCCAUGAUCUAUUUUAAGCUCUUCUCAGAAAAAGGGGAAAGUGACCCCACUUGUUUAAACCGUUGUUUGAAAUAAAAAUUAUCUUGUGAAAUACUCCAGAUGUUUUAUUUAAGCCCGAUCUAUGUCUAAAUAAUAAAAUUUUCUAGUGAAUUAUGCUGGAUAUUUUACCAAAAGCUUGAUCUUUUAGUUGUGGUUUGGUAUUGGGUGAUUCUCUUGCAUAUACUCAAGUCAUCAAGGCCAACCUGGGUAGACUUUAAGGGAAAAGAUCUAACUGCAUAACUGAGUGGAUUUCUUAGUUGAAACAGUCUAAAUUAGAAAAUUAAAUUGAUUAGGUAUGGGCUGUAUGGCUUGAUAUUUUCUUGAAAUAGACUGAAUUUGACCAUUUGUUUUUGUAACUAAAAGCCUUGUAACUCAACUAGUACUUCCCGAUGUUUCCAAUUGAGAUGUCUAGGGUUCAAAUACCCCCACUCCCAACUAUUAAAUUUUUUAUGGGUCAUGUUAACGGGGUGCCCUUGGGACAAUUGUUAAUAAAUUAUAUUAGGAAAGUUUUAAGACCACUUUCAUGGGAAGUAUAAAAAGUUGUCAAAAAAAAUUAAUUGCUUUAUCAUUUUUUCAUAAUAUAUUUCUAAAAAUAGUUUCUAAACCAAUGUUUUUAAGCCAUUUGUUAACAUUUUCCAUUAUUUAUUUAUUUUAUAAACUGUCGGUUUAAGAUACUAUCCUGAAGGUCUCAGAUAAUUUUUUCCAUAGUUGUCAGUAUCGUACGAUACGCGAUACGUAUCGUACGAUACGUAUCGUAUCGUUUGAAAAAAGUGUUGUAUCGUUGAUACGUAUCGUAGGUGCAUAUGAAUCGGACGAUACAGUUGUAUGUAUCGUACGUAUCGUACGUAUUGGUUGUAUCGGACGAUACAUAAACAAUUGGCUUAAAUAGGCUUUUUUAACCAAAAUUUCAGCCCAAAUUUAGCCCAAAACGUUUUUCCAUUUUUUUAAAAGCAAGUUGGGCUAUUUUGGUAGUUUGGUCCAAUACAAAAGCCUUCUUAAUUUAUUUUUUAUUUUUUAUUUUUUAGCCUUAAUACAAAAGCCAGGUAUGUGCUAUUGUUAUUAUCAUUAUCAUCUUAAUGUAGCUUUUUAUUUGUUGUUAUCAUAAUUAUAUUGUAGCCCUUUACAAUUUCUUUUGUUGGUAAUAUAGCAUUGUGGUGGGAAAGUUAUGGAAUACAUUGCAAAGAGUUUCAAAACUUAGCUAUACGUGUCUUAAGCCUAACUUGUAGUGCAACGGGAUGUGAAAGAAAUUGGAGUACUUUUGAUCAUGCACACACUAAAAAAAGAAAUCGUCUUGAGCAAUAAAGAGUGAAUGCUUUGGUGUUUGUAAACUAUAAUAUUAAUUUGGAGUUGAGACAAAUAAAGAGAGAAGAGAAUGGUGACUCAUAUUAUCCAAUUUGUCUAUCGGAUAUGGAAUCUGAUGAUGAAUGGAUUACCGAAAAGGAAGAACCUUGCUUGCCAGAAGAUACUUCAUGGAUGGACAUUCAUGAAUGCUUUGAAGUUAAUGAGGAAGGAUGUAGUAGAAAAAGAAAGGGAGGUCCAAGAAAUUUGAAUGCCAAAAAGAAAAGUAAAGAAAAAGUUUUUGAAGUUGAAGAACCAGAAGAGAUAGUGGAUGUUGGAGAUGAUGAAGAAUAUGUACAAGAAGAUGCCAAUGAUGAAAUGAUUUUGCAAGAUGAUGAAGAUGAUAACUUCAUUGACUUGGACUAUGGAGAUGAUUUUGAUGAUUUUGAUUAGGUAGUGAUGAAUAUGAUUAGGAAAAAAAAUAUUUUGACUAAUAUAAUAUGUAGUGACUUUGAACUCUAAUGAAUUUGGAUAUGGAUAUUUUUAUCUUUU